CUGUGGGGCUUCACAGCAUGGGCAGGCUGCGGACAGAGCACGGAGCUCUCUCUCUCACACCCACACACACACACACACACACACACACACACACACACACACAGACAGAAACACACACACACACUGCUUUCAAACAUUGGCUUCUGUGGAUGCACAACAAGCUGCACACUCUGUGAAUGACUGUGUCUGACUAGAUGGAGGAUCUGCUGUUUAGGGAAUUUUUUUUUUUUAGACUAAUAGCCAAAUAAUUUUCCAAAUAUGUAGUCGGUGCAUUCAGUUCACGGGUAAACACAUAUUUGAGGUGGGAUUUGAAGUUUUUUUUUCUUGAAAGAAGAAACAAACAAUUAAAUAUUUUGAGUGAAUCGCAAAGGCUGGUAUUUUUCUUUUCUUUUUUAUUUUGUGAUGAACCAAGGACACAGCUAGGAUCUCCAUCAUGGAUGUGACACUGGAGCGGAUUAACCCUGCGACUACAAGAGCUCUGUUACUGGCAUGUGUGACUCUGUUGCUCUCCGUCCACCUGUGGCGCUGGCUCCGGCAGCGCUCGAUCCCCUGCCCGCCCGGUCCUCUCGCUUGGCCGGUCAUCGGGAACGCCGCGCAGCUCGGCAAGGCACCGCACUUGUAUUUUGCGCGCAUGGCGGAGAAAUACGGCAACAUCUUCCAGAUCAAACUCGGCUGUCGGGCCGUGGUGGUGCUCAACGGGAACUCCAUCAAACAGGCGCUGGUAAAGCAGGGACCUGAUUUUGCAGGCAGACCGGACUUCACCUCCUUCCAGUACAUCUCCGACGGGGACAGCAUCGCGUUUGGCACCACCACGGACUGGUGGAAGGUGCACCGCAAAGUGGCCCAGUCCACCGUGCGCAUGUUUUCCACCGGGAACCCGCAGACCAAAAAGACAUUUGAGCAUCACGUCCUCAGCGAGGUCAAAGAGCUGCUGCAGCUAUUUAUGCGCAAAACGCACGAGAAACAGUUUUUCCAGCCCAUGACAUAUCUCGUGGUGUCCACGGCGAACAUAAUGAGCGCGGUGUGCUUUGGGAAGAGGUACACCUAUGAAGACGAGGAGUUUCGGCAGGUGGUGGGCAGGAACGACCAGUUCACCCAGACAGUUGGGGCAGGGAGCAUAGUGGACGUGAUGCCCUGGCUUCAGUACUUCCCAAACCCCAUCAAAACCAUAUUUGACAACUUCAAGAGACUCAACUUGGAGUUCAGCAGUUUCAUUCGAGAUAAAGUCAUUGAACACAGAAAAACAAUCCAGUCAAGCACCAUCAGGGACAUGACUGAUGCUUUUAUAGUGGCGCUGGACCAACUAAGAGAUAAAACAGGAGUUUCAGUAGGGAAGGACUACGUGUCCUCCACUGUUGGGGAUAUAUUUGGAGCAAGUCAAGACACACUGUCAACUGCACUGCAGUGGAUCAUCCUCAUACUUGUCAAGUAUCCUGACAUGCAGGUACGUCUCCAGAAGGAGGUGGACAAGGUGGUGGACCGCAGCCGCCUCCCUUCCAUCGAGGACCAGGUGCGGCUGCCUUUCAUCAUGGCCUUCAUCUACGAGGUGAUGCGCUUCACAAGCUUCGUCCCUCUGACCAUCCCCCACUCCACCACCACAGACACCUCCAUCAUGGGUUACAUCAUACCAAAGAACACGGUCAUCUUCAUCAACCAGCGGUCCAUCAACCACGACCCGGUCAUAUGGUCCCAGCCGGAGACCUUUAACCCCGAGCGUUUCCUGGACCAGAACGGAGCGCUGAACAAGGACCUGACCAGCAGCGUCCUCAUCUUCUCCCUGGGCAAGCGACGUUGCAUCGGCGAGGAGCUGUCCAAGCUGCAUCUGUUCCUUUUCACGGCCCUUAUCGCCCACCAGUGCCACAUCACCCCAGACCCAGCCAGGCCGCCCAAGCUAGACUAUAACUACGGCCUGACUCUGAAACCUCAUUCCUUCUUCAUAGCGGUGUCUCCACGUGAACAUGUGACGCUGCUGGAAGCAGAUAACAGGCAGGUCAUCGACGAGGAGGUCAAAGGCGAGCCCUCAUCAGACUCACAAACAAAAAAAUGAAUAAAACUAUAAUAAACAAAAAAAAAAAAAAAAUGAAGGCUGAAACACAAAAAGACUAAUGAACUCUAGCUCUCGUUUGUGGGCUGAAAACUAUAUUUA